AUGGCCUCCUCCCUGCCCGCUGCCCACCACCGGCCGGACAACACGGCCUUCACGCAGCAGCGCCUGCCGGCCUGGCAGCCCCUGCUGUCGGCGGGCACGGUGCUGCCCCUCUUCUUCGGCCUGGGCGCCGCCUUCGUGGCGCUGGGCCUGGGCCUCCACUUCUCCUCGGCCACCAUCCGCGAGCUGGAGCUGGACUACACCGGCCUGGGCCACUCCCCGUGCGCCCGCUGUGCCAACCUGAGCCGCGGGGCCCGGCGUCCCCCCGGCUGCGCCUGCCAGCUGCGCUUCUCCCUGGACCAAGACUUCCCGGCCCCCGUCUGCCUCUACUACCAGCUCUCCCAUUACUACCAGAACAACCGGCGCUACAGCGUCUCCCGGGACAACCAGCAGCUCAGCGGGGUGGCCGGGGCCCUCCGCAGCCCUUCCGAGGAGUGCCGGCCCUACCAGAAGUACUCCAACGGCACGCCGAUCGCGCCCUGCGGCUCGGUGGCCAACAGCUUGUUCAACGACACCUUUGAGCUCUACUACGUGCUCAACAAUGGCACCGAAGCGAAGGUGCCCCUGGACAAGAGGGGCAUCUCCUGGUGGACGGACACCAACGUCAAGUUUCGCAACCCCGAACCCAUCAAUGGGAGCUUGGCGCUGGCCUUCGCAGGCACCGCGAGGCCCCCUAAUUGGCCUCUCGCGGCCUACCAGUUGGACAACGGCACCCUCAACGACACGGGCUUCGUCAACGAAGACUUCAUCAUCUGGAUGAGGACCGCCGCCCUGCCCACCUUCCGCAAGCUCUAUUCCCGCAUUCGGCUGGGCAAUUUCACCAAGGAGCUGCCCCGGGGCAACUACUCCCUCAACAUCGCCUACAAUUACCCCGUCCUAUCUUUCGGUGGCAGGAAGAAGGUCAUCCUUAGCACCCUUUCCUGGAUGGGGGGCAAAAAUCCUUUCUUGGGCAUCACUUUCCUGGUUUUCGGCUCGGCCUGCAUCCUCACUGGCUUUGUCUUGCUGGCAGUGCAUAUAAAAUACCAACAUCUCAACAAGGCAGAUUAG